AGGAUCUGGUGGAUCUGACCAUCUGCUGCAGGAAACCUCGACACCACAUGACGCCGUCUGUCUGCCGGAGGCGAGGCUGCUGCUUUAUGCUGACAGAGCAGUGAUGUCAUCAGGGGGAGGAGCCUCCAACACAUUAAAAUGUCUAUACACACUCAUUAUCCCCCAUGAUCACUGCUGCCCUGCUUGGCUUCACAGUGACGUCAGUCUGACACAUUAAUUCAUUAAUUUAUCAAUCAGUGAAUCACAUGAUGCCACGCAGUCGCUGAGAAUCACCAUGACAACUGCAUUCAGCAGCCAAUCAGCACGCAGCAGCAGGAUUCCAACAGUCAGCUGAUUUUUACUACCACCAGCUGAAAAACAACAACAGUGUGAACAGCUGAUCACAGAGUGCAGGAAACAAGAAACAACCUGCUCAGAUAAGCCCCUCCCACCACCUGACAGACGUGUUCAGUUCGAAAACGUUUUGCCAGGUUUGCUGCAGUGAAACGAUGCGAACGUGCUCUAAGCAGGUCGGUUUGGGGAUUUCUCCUCUUCUGGCCGCUCAGCGAAGAUGUCACUGCAAGGAGGGCGGGGCUUCACGGCGAGCAGCAGGAGGGUUAUGGAUUACUGAUUACUGAGGUAAGAGAUAUGAAAGCUGUCAAAGGUCACAGUGGGACACAGACAGAAACAAAGACGACAACUGAGAGAAUAUACGAACCACCUUCAACAGAACGCCUGUCCAGGUCAAACAAGCAAGAACCAGACACCUUCAACCGACCCAAGGACAAAGAACCAGACACCUUCAACUGAACCAAAGAACAGGAACCAGAUACCUUCAACUGAACCGAGGACAAAGAACCAGACACCUUCAACCGACCCAAGGACAAAGAACCAGACACCUUCAACUGAACCAAAGAACAGGAACCAGAUACCUUCAACUGAACCAAAGAACAGGAACCAGAUACCUUCAACUGAAUCGAGGACAAAGAACCAGACACCUUCAACUGAACCAAAGACCAGGAACCAGACACCUUCAACUGAACCAAAGAACAGGAACCAGAUACCUUCAACUGAACUGAGGACAAAGAACCAGACACCUUCAACCGACCCAAGGACAAAGAACCAGACACCUUCAACUGAACCAGAGAACAGGAACCAGAUACCUUCAACUGACCCAAGGACAAAGAACCAGACACCUUCAACUGAACCAAAGACCAGGAACCAGAUACCUUCAACUGAACCAAAGACCAGGAACCAGACACCUUCAACUGACCCGAGGACAAAGAACCAGACACCUUCAACUGAACCAAAGACCAGGAACCAGACAUCUUCAACUGAACCAAGGACAAAGAACCAGACACCUUCAACUGAACCAAAGACCAGGAACCAGACACCUUCAACUGAACCAAAGACCAGGAAUCAGACAUCUUCAACUGAACCAAAGACCAGGAAUCAGACACCUUCAACUGAACCAAAGACCAGGAACCAGACACCUUCAACUGAAGCAAAGACCAGGAACCAGACACCUUCAACUGACCCAAGGACAAAGAACCAGACACCUUCAACUGACCCGAGGACCAGGAACCAGACACCCACCUUCAACUGAACCAAAGACCAAGAACCAGACAUCAUCAACUGAACCGAGGACAAAGAACCAAACACCUCAACACACACAGCCUUUUAUGCACAAAGUGACUGUGCACCUGGAGGUGAACCCGAGAGAGAAGCAGCAGAAUAAGAAGUCAGGAACAAGUGAAAACAGUCAGUCAUUAAACAGAACACAGAAAUGUACAGGUAACCCUCCCAGGUGAGUGUGGGACAGCAGCUGGUGAUGAGUCCAUCAGAACACAACACUGGUUCUCCUGCUGAUGUUCCUUCUCGAGCACUGCAUUGGAGAACGCUAGAUAGCUUUGUUUGUGUUUGGGAGUGCGGUCUUUAGGGUGGACCAGGAUCUGCCUUAGCGUGUUCUUGGGUUUAAAACCACACGCAUGUGGUGUUUGUUGAAAGUCCCCCUGAUUUUCUCUGGUGCUCCAGACACAUAUGGAAUCACAAUCUUGUUGUUGCGUUUACUGGUCCACCCUUAAGACCACAAACCCAAACACAAGAAAAGCAAUCUAGUGUAUGCGGUCCAGGAUUCUGUCUCCAGAUUUCAUUUGCAGCCUGUAGACCAGUUUGUUCCAGGGUCCACCGGUCUAACUGACUCCACGUAGUGGCUCCAGAUACUGCAGGCUGCUCCCGAACGCAGCAGUUUCUGGAUCUUGUGCUUUGCACCUGAUGCAGAAGACAGUCUGGUCUGUCAUGAGACCUGCAGCUCUGUUGUUCUCCGCUGAUGUUUCUUUUGAUUCUCCUCCAGGUUCCACUCUGCUGGAUCUGCUGCUGGUUCUGCUGCUGGAUCUCUGGGUGAGUGGCCAUGCAGGGAAGAACAGGAACCUUCAGUGGACAUUGCAGGUUUAAGCUCCACCAAUGCCGUCGCUCCCUCUCCUCCCCUUCCCCUCCUCCCGAGCUCCCCAGACUCCAUUACCCAGCAGGCAGCGGGAGCAGGAAGUACAGGACAGGGCAGGAGGCGGGACAGAUGAGCUCGUUUCAGAUCAACCGCAUCUUAAAGGCCAACGAAUACAGCCACGCCCUCCCAAGUGGCCCCGCCUCCCAUGGUGUCCUGGAUUUCCAUAGCAACAUGUUGCCAUCCAACCGCCCCGGCGAGGACCGUAGGAGCAACGCCACCUGCCUUCAGGGCCGUGGCGGCGUGCUGUUUGGCGUGUUUGACGGCCACGCGGGGGCGGUGUGCGCGCACGCCGUCAGCCAGAGGCUCUUCUACUACGUCGCCGUGGCAACGCUGCCGCUGAAGACGCUGGCGGAGCUCGAACAGGCGGUGGAGGAGGAACGGGCUGUACCGCCGCUGCUGGAGUGGCACAACCACCCCCAAGACCACAACUGCCCCGACGGAGGAGCGAUCUCCUUCCACAGCCUCCGGAACUACUGGCAGGAGAGGCUGGAGGACGAGGACGAGCACGAGGACGAGGAUGGCGGCAGGGUGACAUCAGCAAUGGUCAACGCUUUCCGCCGUCUUGACUACGACCUUUCUGUGGAGGCCCAGGUCCACCUGUUCAUGUCCUCACCCAGGCGGGUGUCUCUCCCCGGGGAGGCGUUGUCUCCGGCCUCCCCUCUCCGGGUGGCGAUGUCUGGCUGCACGGCCUGCGUCGCCCACAUCUCCAACGGGGUCCUGCAUGUGGCCAACCUGGGCGACAGCCGGGCCGUCCUGGGCGUCCAGGAACCCAACGGCCGCUGGUCAGCGGUCAGCCUCACCAAUGACCACAACGCGCAGAACCCAGACGAGCUGCAAAGGGUUCUGGGAGAACACCCGUCGUCGGAGUGGAGGACGGUGGUCCGCCAUGACCGCCUGCUGGGUCUGCUGCUGCCCUUUAGGGCGUUUGGCAACGUCCGCUUCAAAUGGAGCCCAGAGAUGCUGAGCCGAAUCUACGAAACACGACCGGAUGUCCUGUCUGCGGUCAGCGAGGCGGUCCGGACACCGCCGCCACACUAUCUGACCCCACCGUACCUGACCGCCCAGCCGGAAGUCACACGACACCGGAUCAGACCCGCUGACAAGUUCCUGGUCCUGGCGACUGACGGACUGUGGGAGCUGAUGCACCGACAGGCGGUCGUCCAGCUGGUGGGGGAUCAACUGACAGGCCUUCAGCAGCAGAGACCCAUAAUUCCCGGCGUGGGCACGACGCUGGGUGGCCUGCAGCGCCUCCUGCUGGAGAGGAGGGGACGGGUCAUGUCGGUGCUGGAGGACCAGAACGCUGCCACCCACCUGCUCCGCCACGCCCUGGGGGAUGAUGGGUACGGAGCGGUGGCACCAAACCGUCUGGCCAAGAUGCUGAGCCUGCCGGCAGAGCUGGCCCGGAGGUACCGCGAUGACAUCACCAUCACCGUCAUCCACCUGAAUGAACCAGACCUUUAACCAGAACACCUGCUCAGCUACCUGCUGGUGACAGAACAGAAACCUUUCCUCUGAACUCUGCUGCCCAUCUCUGCUUCUCUUUGACUUUUAAUAAGAAUUAACUCUGGGUUCGGUAGCUGAUGUUGUUUUUCCUCCAAAUGAAGACGUUUCUAUUAUUUUGUCCACCCCAUUUUUUAACUGAGGGUGAACUAAAUAACAGAAAGAGUGUGACACAGCAGCACCAACUCCCUCCUCCUCUACCUCGGGAUGCAGAGCUGCAGAGACAACGCAGAGCAGACAGACGCAUGCAGCGUUUAACUCUGAGCAGAGAGGGGAGAGACGUCACUGUCAAGAGUGUCCCUGAGUGAAACCCUGUAGCUGUGUGUUCGGGGGCAUGGUCACUUGUCCCCCCCCACCACCUAUAUCUUAUCACCACAUGUGUAAUAUAAUAAAUCCAUAAAGACGC